AUGGACGUCUCCAUCAACACUCUUCUCGACAACACCCAUCUCCAAGACCUGAAGCAAUACCCAUACGCCAUAACGUUCAUACUCCUGAGCGCGACCAUCCUCCUGACGCGCCUUGUGAGCACCCUCACCAGUGCCUCGAAAAAAGUUCACAAUGGCGCCAAAACACCACCCUCCGUCCCUUACUGGAUUCCUCUCCUCGGGCACAUCCCCAACAUGGCCCUCGACGCGGACGGCUUCGUCAAGUCUCUGCGAGCAAUCUACACCGAAGGAAUUUUCACUCUCAAUUUCGGCGGCUCGAGACAUAAUAUCAUGUUCACACUGGGCCUGGCGACUGCGAUGCUGAAUCAGAAAUCUACCAAUGCGGAUAACGAGGGCGUAUCGAAACGGUUGAUGCGGCUCAAUUUCGGGUUCCCGGCCGAGGAGCUGGACAAGUAUGAUGCUGCGCUGGACGAGUUACUGGCCGCUUAUAAGCACAUUCAAGUCGAUCCGUGGCUGGGGGACAUGGUCCACCAGACAGCGCGGAAAGCGAGGGAGAAUGUGAGCAAUCUGGUCACCUUCAUGGAGAGUCCGGUAGAUCAGACGCCGUGGGAGAAAGUGAGCAAUGUGAAAGUGAUUGAGGGGCCGGAUGGAGAGCAAGUGGUAGAAGCAAGUCUCCUGCCGCUAAUCCGCGAUUUCUGCGCUUUCACUGCCAAUCCAUCCAUCAUGGGAUCAGACUUUCUAGAGAACAACCCUCAAUUCUUCGACGACAUCUGGACCCUCGAUAGGGGUUUUCUACUUCUGGCGACGGGCUUGCCGCGUUGGGCACCCAUCCCGGUUCUGACACGAGCACAUAUCGCGCGUAGAAACAACCUCCAACGACUUGAUGAUUUUCACAACGUCCUGGACCAGCAUUGGAAUGGAGAGAAAGUAGACGCGAAGUGGUCGAGUCUCGACGAUAUCGGAGGCCUUCUCAAAGCUCGUAUGGAGAUAUACCGUAAAUACGAUUUCAGCAUUCGCGCCAGGGCGUCUGUUGAGCAUGCGCUCAUGUGGGCUGCGAACGCAAACUCCAAUGCCCUGGUAUUCUGGAUGAUUAACCGUAUAUACGAAGACCGCGCUCUUGUAGCGAUGAUCCGCGAGGAGAUAGCGCCGUAUGUGGAGGUCCAGCAGCAGGAGACUGGCCUGCCCAUCUCCGAGCCGCCUCGCAUUACCAAGUUCGAUGUCGAGGGGCUUUGCAACAACUGCCCCUUGCUCAAGAGCUGCUAUGUCGAGUGCUUGCGGGUCGACACCGGCUCGUGGUCAUUCAAGACGAUCCGACAGGACUUCAUGCUGCAAAGCCGGGAGAAGGAUGCGCAAGCGUGGCUUCUUCGGAAGGGAGAUUAUGCGCAUGUUGCACAUGACUUGCAUAACACAGAUCCAACGUAUUGGAACGAUCCUAUGGUUUGGAGAGCAGAUCGACACAUUAAAUAUGACGACAAAAAAAGAGGGACUACGGAUAUGGGUUCCAUUCGACCCUAUGGUGAGUGCAAUCGUCCAGACUUGUUGCCAAGGCAUCGCUGACGUGGUUCUUAGGCGGAGGUUCCAGCAUGUGCAAGGGUCGUGCCUUUGCGUUCAAGGAAGCCAUGAUCUUUUCUGCGACGUUGAUUUCGAUCUGGGACAUAGAGCCUCGUGGCCGUGGAGCGUGGAAGAUGCCGAAGCAUCGAAAGGCGACUGGCGUUUUUGGCACUGACGACGACACCCGAGUGUGGUUGAAGAGGAGGAAGAUCCCUUCGACCAGCUGA